AUGUCUGCCUCCCCUCACAACGCGCUAUCCUCGGUCAUCGAGGCAGUGCGGGCCUCGCUUGCUCCUCCACUCGACAAGCCCUCCGACUCGAGCUCGUCCUCCAGCCACAAAGACAUGCUCGCCGAUAUCCACGCUCUGGGUUUCGAGGACUACAAGACCCUUGUGCAGUUCCUCAAUGCAUCUAUCACCGGCAUCAAUGACGACAACAAGCUCCUCCUCGAGCGCCUCGUGCAGCUCCUCGCCAAGCUGCCACCACAGUCUGCACAGCUCAAGGCCCUCAGUGACGGCUUCAUCAACCAGCUGUGGACAACUCUGGACCACCCCCCCGUCUGCUUGAUGGAGAGCAAGCACAAGUAUCGCAGCGCCGAUGGCUCCUACAACAGCAUCCGUAAUCCCCAGCUCGGUGCUGCCAACACCCCCUACGCCCGCUCCGUGAAACCCACCGUCUUCCGGAGGCCAGGCCUGCCUGAACCGCAUGCCCUCUUCGACAGACUCAUGGCGCGAGGCGACAAGUUCGAACCCCAUCCCCAAGGCAUUUCGAGCAUGCUGUUCUAUCUCGCCACCAUAAUCAUCCACGACAUCUUUCAGACUUCCCAUGCGGACUGGAACGUCAACCUCGCCUCGUCCUACCUAGACCUCUCACCGCUGUACGGGGGGACUGACGACGAUGUCAAGAUGAUGAGGACCUUCCAAAACGGCCUCUUGAAGCCCGACUGCUUCAGCUCGUACCGGAUACUGGGCUUCCCACCGGGCUGCGGCGUGUUUCUGAUCAUGUUCAACCGGUUCCACAACUACGAAGGCCGCUUCAAGUCACCCAAGGCGGAUGUGUCAAAAGCCGAGGCCAAGCAGGCCUGGGCUCAAUAUGACGAGGACCUGUUCCAAACCAGCAGGUUGGUCACAUGUGGCCUGUACAUCAACAUCAUCAUGAGGGACUAUGAGAUGUUCGGUACGCCCGUGCCCGAGGGAGUUGGGAACCACGUGUCGGCCGAAUUCAACCUCGUUUACCGUUGGCACAGCACUAUCUCUCCCAGGGACGAGCAGUGGUGCAUCAAAGAGCUGAGUCGCCUGUUGAAGAGCCAAGACCCCGAAAACGUCAGCCUCGAAGACUUCGCGCAAGCGACCAAGGAGUGGAAGGCUGGCCUGCCACAACAGCCGGAGGACAGGGCAUUUGAGGACAUGACAAGGCUUCCCGACGGCACCUUUCCAGACAAUGACUUGGUCCGCAUACUGACCGAAUCAAUCGAGGACGUCGGUGGGUCGUACGGGGCAAACAGGGUUCCGCGCUGCAUGAAGGCGGUCGAGAUUCUUGGCAUCUUACAAGCACGCCAUUGGAACUUGGGCACCUUGAACGAGUUCAGGCAGUUCGUGGGACUUUCAAAACACACAUCCUUUGAAGACAUCAACCCGGACCCGGCGGUUGUGGCAAGCUUGAGACAGCUGUACGACUCGCCCGACACCGUGGAGAUGUACCCUGGCAUUGUGGCCGAAAGGACGAAGCCUCCAAUGUCCCCAGGCAGUGGGCUGUGCGGAACUUCCACAAUGACAAUGGCUAUCCUGUCCGAUGCAGUGGCUUUGGUGCGUGGCGACCGUUUCUACACUGUCGACUAUACGCCCAAGUCUCUCACCAACUGGGGAUUCAACGAAGCAAACUACGACACCGGGUUCAACGGUGGUCAUGUCAUGCACAAGCUCAUAUUCAGGGCUUUCCCCAACCAUUUUGCCAAUAACAGUAUACACGCUCACUUCCCUCUCGGCCUGGGGACUCGGAGCCAAUACAGCUGGGCGCCACCUCAGCAACGCCGACCGCCGAUCAUGAUCAGAUCCCAUAAGGCAUGCACGCAGAUCCUGAACGACACCAAGGGCUUCAGUGUAGUUUGGGGGGAAGCUAUGGACUCCUUGGUACACAACGACCGUGCUCCAGGAGCGGGUGCCAACUUCUGCCUCAGUGGGGAUAGCACCGCCAACAGGUCCGACCGUGAGCAUAUCCUGAAAUCCCUCUACCCUGAAGAUUGGCAGGCCGAUGUCAAGGCCUUUUUCUCCAGUACGUCUGAUCGACUCCUGGAGAGACAUGGUUGCAUGGUCUCAGGAGUACCGCACACAUUUGAGGUCGACAUAGUGAGAGAUGUCAUCGCCUUGGCAACGACACACUUCAGCGCUGCUUUGUGGUCGCUUCCCAUCAAGACGGAGGCGAAUCCUCGUGGCAUAUACCCGGAGCACCAGCUCUACCUCGUACUGCUGGCAUGUUUUGGUGCCAUCUUCUUCGACGCAGACAUCGCAAACUCGCACAAAUUGCGCACCCAGUCUCAUGAGCUGGCACAGCAGCUUGGAAAAUUGGUAAUUCUGAGGGUCAAGCGCUUGAGUGUUGGGGGUGGGAUCUUUGAUGCGAUGCUGGACACAUUCAAGGAGAGCGUCGCCAGUCUCGGGCACGUUGUGAGUGCGAACAGCACCAAGAAGACAAGCUCGGACCGCAACCCUGAAUGGCCUACUCUGGCACGCUAUGGCGACCACAUGAUCCAGCGCAUGUUGAGCGCAAGUGGAGCCAAACCGGAGCACCUUGUAUGGGGUUCGAUUUUGCCUGCGUCGGUGUCUGCUUGCGCAAACCAGACUGAGGUGUUGAGCCAGGCCAUCGACUUUUACCUGGGCGACGGAAGGGACCACUUGCCAACCAUGUACGACCUUGCACACCAAGACACGGACGACGCCGAAGAGAAACUGCAGAAAUACCUGCUUGAAGGCAUUCGCCUCCGAGGGGGCACUGUCAAGGACUUCGCCCCUUCCAAGCCUGACCCAUCUGAUCCCUCUGGUCUCAACCCGGUUCCCAACGCAAACCCGGGCGGCAGCAGCACCACCCACCAGCUCACGGCAGGAACGCCACUUCUGCUCAAUCUGACCGCAGCCAACCAUGACGGAACCGCCUUCCCCGACCCCGAAACCGUCCGCCUCGACCGCCCGAUCAAGAAUUACCUCCACUUCGGAUGGGGCCCCCACCUCUGCCUGGGGCAGGACAUGAGUGUAGUGGGCCUUGCGGUGGUAUUCAAGAAGAUCGUCGGCCUCAAGAACCUGCGACGCGCCCCUGGCAUCAGUGGUGAGCUGAAGUCUUUCCCUCUCGAAUUAGGCUCAGGGUGGACUGGCCUGAGGACGUACAUGACGCCGGAUCAGAGCUCUUUCUGGCCUCUUCCGAGCACCAUGAGGGUGCACUGGGACGAGUAG